GAACGCUGUAUUUCGGCAAGGCGGAUUCUCAGCAACUGUAUUUACGUCAGAUGCCCUAAUUUAUUAUAUUGCACUGAUCUGAAGAGGUGUGUUCUGUUUACAGAUCUACUGGAGGGAUGGAGACCCAUAAUUUGUCCUGUGCCAUUUGCUUGGACCGCUUCAAAGUCCCAGUCACCAUCCCAUGCGGUCACACCUUCUGUCGAGACUGCAUUACGAUUCACUGGGACACCAAGUCCAAGUCCGACAUCGGGCCGCAUUGCCCUAUCUGCAAUGAGAAAUUCCCCACUAGACCCAUCCUAAAACGCAACGUGUCCCUGUCCGUCCUGGCUGAGGCCACAGCGAACAGUGCCGGUGCAUUCGGUAGAGACACUGUACCGGUUAUGAGGGGUGACAUGGCCAGAGCCACGCCCCUGAUUCUGUGUGACCGACACAAGAAGCCCCUGGUGUACUACUGCCGGAAGGACAACAUGUGUGUGUGCUGCGAGUGUGCCAUCUCCGAGUGUAAGAACCACGAGAAAGUGCUGGUGGAGGCUGAGAAGGAGAACCGAGAGUUACUACUGAGGAGGAAGAGUGUGGAGGUGGGAAUAUGUAUGGAGAAGACUGAGAGGAGCAUCGCUGAGCUGACGGAGAACAUCACCAAAGCCAAGGUGACCCUGCAGCAGACCUCCCACUGGGUGAAUGCCAAGUUUUCCAUGCUGUUGAAGGUGCUAGCAGAGAAACAGGAGUCUACAGAGAACUUCAUUGAGCAGGAGAAGGAGGCUUCCCUCUCCCAGGGGGAGGCUAGGUUGGAGGAGCUACAGGAGAGGGCCAAGCAACUCGGGGAGCGCCAGAGCCAGAUCGCAACUCUUCGCAACCUGCCCGACAUCCAGCUAAUACAGGAGUCUCGGCUGGUGGAGGUCCCUCGCAUGAAGGACAUUCCAGUGGAUGUGACCCCUAACCUGCAGGAGAGGCUCAGCGGGGUGACAGACGUCCUCUCACGGAUCUCCAAGCUAGUGUCUGAGGACCUGGAGAAGGCUGUGUCUACAGCUGUGGGGCAGGACAAGCAAGGUUCUCCCCAGGAUAAGCGCCCUGUCCUGGCUGUGGUCCCCAGUCCUGCUGCUCCAUGCCACCCCGCUGGGAAGGAGGGCCUCAGUGAAUACCGCUGCACCCUGACCUUUGACCCUCGCACAGCCAACAGUCACCUGCUCCUCUGCCAGGAGAACCUACGGGCGGAACACCUGACCUCUGGGCCGCGCCCUGUCCCUGCCCACGAAGCUCGCUUUGACCACACCUGGCAGGUGCUCUGCUUCCAGGGCUUCAAACACGGAAAGCACUACUGGGAGCUGGAGUUGUCCAAGCCAUGGGCCUACCUGGGGGUGACUUACGAGGGCAUCCCCAGGAAGGAAAAGGGGAAAAGGUGCAUGGUGGGAAUGAACGAUCUGUCCUGGAGCCUCCAGCUGGAUGAGCGCCAGCUGAGUGCCUGGCACAACGGCCGUCGGGAGACGGUGGCUGGCCACUCCCACCACUCCCGCAUCGGAAUUCUGCUGGACUACGAGGCUGGAACACUGACGUACUAUGGAGACGGGCAUACGCGGCUGCAUGCCUUCCACUGUGCCUUCACUCAGGAGCUGUUCCCCGCCUGUUGGAUAGGGGAGGGCGUGAGCAUCACCCUCUGCUCGCCAUGACGACAACACGAAAGGGAAUGACCGUGAUCUAACAAUCUCUUAUAGGACUAGUCUUGGGAAACUAUAACCCUGUUUAUACCUGGUGCUAACAUGGGUUCUUUGUCCUGAUCUUGCCAACAUUCUGAUUGUGCCUACAUUUCCAGAAAUGUGUCAGCAUACAGUAUGCUAUUAAAAUGUGCCUGUGGUUGGUCCAUUGUGGCUCCAUUUUGACCAAAUUUCCUUGUCCCUUUAUGCAAAUUAUUUCACAGCUUUCAAAAUAAUAUUUAUUUAAGACACAUAUUGAUGUAAUCAGUCUGUUGCCACCUGUCAAUGAUUUUAGAGAGUGGAAUAAUUAUGAUUUAAAUGGUUUCUCUGUCCGGAUCCGGAUAAAAUAUCCAGACACUGUGUGUCUGACGACCUCCAGCCACAAUCAAAUUACAAUGUGUCUUGAUUGUCAACACCUGUCUAAAAAUGUGGGCACAAUCAGGAUGUUGACAGGAUCAGGACAAAGAACACACAUUAGAACCAGGUAAAAACGGGGCUUAUGGCAACAGGUUCAGUUAUUAUUCGGGAACCAGACAUUGCAUCAUUGUAUCUGUCCAAUUAUGGCGUCUGUGAGAGCACGGAAAAGUCUAAACAGGAUCCUAGGGAUGUCCCAACUCUGACAUCAUCCCAUUGAAGUUGAAUUUUAAACAUUUUGAGUUAGGGUUGGGGGGGGUAGAUCGUUUUCAGCUGUUCGUGCAUACAUAUUUUCUAGAGACAAGCCUGAAGUUCGAAGCCGAAGUUUACACCCCUUUGUCGGUGAUUGGUCAACAGUAGUGAUUUUUCAAUUAAGUGUAUGUUGUCAUUCAACGAGAGGUUAAUAGUAUAUGUACACCACCGUUCUAAAGUUUGGGGUCACUUAGAAAUGUCCUUGUUUUUGAAGGAAAAGCACAUUGUUGUCCAUUAAAAUAACAUCAAAUUGAUCAGAAAUACAGUGUAGACAUUGUUAAUGUUGUAAAUG